UCAUCUUUUUCUCUUAUUCUCAGUAGAUCCCUCUCUGCACCUGUGUGUGUGUGCAGAACUAAUGGACGAGAGGCUUCAGAAUGCGAGCAUUAAUGGGAACGUUGCAGGCUUGGCGGAGCUGAUGAAGGAAGAAGAAGGGCGAGCACUUCUGGGCCAAGUGACUCCUGGCCUCUGCAAUACCUGCCUUCACAUCUGCGCCAGUUAUGGCCACACCCACUUCGCCGCCGAAGUACUCCGCCUUCGGCCCAAGUUGGCGUCGGUCAGAAACAAGCAGACAGAGACGCCUCUUCACAUCGCCUGCCGGGAAGGCAAGGCCCAGACCGCGCGGCUUCUACUGGAGUCAAACCCUUCCCUUGCCUGCUCCGCUCUCGUUGCCGCCGGCGAUGAGAAGGGCGCCAACGCCAUGAUGCUGGCGGCGCGCCACGGUCACGUAGAGGUGUUGAAGCUGCUCUUGUCUGAUCGUUGGUUGCCCCUCUUCAGGGUGGAGGGCUCCCUGGUUCCUUCACUGCUUGAGGCUGCCUCCAGAGGCCAUUCAGAUAUUGUUCGAGAGAUAUUAAUGGUAGAACCUCGUGCUCGGAUAGAAGGGGACGAGCAAGGGUCUACUGCUCUGCAUCUGGCUGCAAGCAAUGGUCAUGUGCAUCUCGCAAAAGAACUCCUGAAGAUUAGCUACAAUCACAAUGCCUGUUUGCUGCGGGAUAAAGAAGGAAGGACUCCACUGCAUUUGGCAGCAAUGGGGGAUCUGUGGAGAUUUUGCAUGAAAUUCUUUCAGUUAAACCGAAUUGCGCCUCUGCUUUCACACACGACAGAGAGAGCGUUCUUCAUUUAUGUGUGAUGAACAGGCAGUUUGAGGCAUUUAAGUUCUUGGUUGAGAAAUUCAGCAUGGCAACUCUCAUCAACUCAGGAGAUCAAAUGGGCAACACGGUUCUGCAUCUUGCAGCCUAUGAAAAAUGGCAUGAAAUGGUAUCGUACAUAAUCAACAACACGACAAUCAAGGUGAAUGCGCUCAACAAGGACGGAUUGACAGCUCUGGACAUUGUGGAGUAUGAAAAGGGCAAUCACAGCCCCAGGUCGCAGGUGAUUUCGACGUUGACAAGUG